UGUAAGUGGCGCGGGGAGUGGUGAUGGCCUAGGGAUUAGAGCCGGAGCGGGAGCACCCGCUGAGGGUGCACGACUUCCACUGACACCGGCCCCAGGUGAUGGCAGACUGGGUGCAUCUGGUACAAUGCCAGCGACUGCGCAAGGGAAGGCGGCUGGCGGUGAUUCUGCUGGCGGUGGUGGCGUGAGUGGGCCUGCAUCGGUCGAAGGCACGGAGAGGGGCCAGGGUGCUUCUGCGAGGUGGGGGCCAGGAGGUAGCGAAACAAACUCCGGAGAGACCCGGACAACAGGCGCAAAACUUCUCCUACAGGAAAAGCACCGCGCGACCACGACGGCGCCGGCGGCAACUGGGGUGGCAAAAGUUGGAGAGGUGGAGCAGCCCGUCGCAGAUGAUGGCGUCGCAGAGACUGGGGAGGAGCAGUCAUCGGAGGACACUGGUGGCGCCACUGAAACCGCGCACGCAGAGCAACUACUGAACCGAGGAGAGCGUCAAGCAGCUGGCGAAGGAGGUGAGCAGGCUUCUCAGCAGUCUGCAGUUGCAGACGACAAGGGGCAAGGAGAUGCCAGUAGCGGUGCUGCUACCAAGGCAGGACGGAGCCCGCCUUCCGGUCCGACACCAUCUACCCUGGCCGCUGAAGCAGAGCAGGUGGGCCUUUUGGUCGAGCGUGCGCAAUUGGCUGCGAAGGCGACUGCCGAAAGCGCUGGGAAGGCAGAGGAGGUGACCGCAAAGGCAGCGCCGAGGGGAGGCGGCGG